AUGAAAGUGCCUUCAACGCUUCUCCUCCGGGCCAUGCUGCGGCCCCAGCUGCCCCUGUGCCAAAUCAGAUUGAAGUCAGACUGGAUGCCCAGGGAGAAAUAUGCCAAAAUCACUUUACUCGACAAGCUACACAGGAGACAGAAAGCUGCGUUGCGAAAAGAACGCCAAGAUAGCCAGUUGCACGCUGAAAAUAUGACCGCUGAGUCCCUCCCUCAACGAUCUCCAUCGCCGAUCCAAAACCCAACCACGUUGUCAUCAGGGCCCAAAGGUCCUACCAACACGGUGUCUCUCCACCCUUUCAUGAUUACACGAACGAGAUUUGGGAGCCUCCCAGUCUACCAAAGCACGAAGGGUGGCGGGACGAAGCACAUUACCACAAUUCGCAAGAUUAGCGGCGACUUGACAGAGCUGGCCACGCAGGUACGGACGGCGCUCGGGUUAGAGCAAUCUUUUGUGGACUUCAAGGGCCGACGGAAAGAGAACGUGGCGAUCAAUUGGACAACACGGCAAGUAGUUGUACGCGGUUGGAGGGGACCUGAGAUCAUGAAGUGGGCGGAGCUGAAUGGAUUUUGA